ACGUUCACACACGUCAUGCUAAGGAAGUGCGGGUGUGCAGAAGCAGUGGUGUGUGGGCCCUUGCCAGUUGUACCUGGCACAUACGCAAACUAAUUAAAAGAUAUUGUCAUUAAAGAAAUAUUACAUGUAGACAAAAACCUGCAGCCUGACAAUGGGAGCGAAUAACAGUACCCGCCGAGUGUCAUUUGAGUCAGACGAAAACGAGAACAUAACGGUGGUGAAGGGCAUACGGCUUUCUGAGAAUGUCAUCAACCGCAUGAGGGAACCUGUUUCUCCUCCCAAACCAAACCAUGCCCCCACUCCACCACCUUCCAAGGCGCCUACCUUCACUCCCUCCCCUCUUCUCUUGCCAGUGCCUCCCCCGUUUGACCCGAUCACCUCUUUACCUCCUCUGAUAGAACUUGUUGCUCCUCCAUCUCCUCCACCAGCUCAAUCAGCCACAGAGGCUGUUGCAGCUCCAUCUCCACCACCACCACCACCUCCUCCUCCUCCUCAACCUCAACCUCCCACAGAACAGCCCCCAGUGGUACCAGUAACCCCUGCUCCUGUCCCAGAGCCAGUGGUAGUCCCUGAGUCGAGUUUGCCUCCUCCUCCUCCUCCUCCACCACCUCCUGCACCAGCAGUUGAUGAAGAGGCCCUCAGGAAGAAGAUCACUGCUGAGCUGCACGAGGGCUUGGAGCAGGACAGAGCCAAGGCAGAGCAAGAGCUGCAAGCCUGGCUGGAUUCAGAGAAGGCCCGAUCAGCAGCGCAGGCUCAGACUGAAGCACAGUCCCAGGUUCAGGAUGAAGUGUCCAGGAUCCUGUCAGUGGAGAGAGCCGUGGCCCAGGAGAGCCUGCAGCAGGCUGUGCUCAGGGAGAGGAUCGCCACUGAGGACGAGAAAUUCCGCGCUCAACUCUUUGAGAUGGGACGCAAGGUGAGUCUUGACGCCAAGCAGCUGGAAGCCAGAGAAGCGGACCUUAAGAAGCAGGAUGUUUUCUACAGAGAGCAGGUGGCCCGGCUGGAAGAGAGGAGUGCUCAGUUCUACAAGGUCACCACUGAGAACUACCAUAAAGCUGCCGACCAAGUGAAUGCCAAGUUCAGGCAGUACGAGAUGUAUCCAGUGUGCACAGACCUGCAGGGCCAGAUCCUGGCAUGCUACAAAGAGAACGUCGGAAAAACCCUCAACUGCUCCAACAUUGCCGCUCUUUACCUAAAGUGUGUCAACAACGCAAAACAGAACAAGUUGAGGACUGGCGGUUAAAGAAAGGAGAGUGGAAGAAAGACAGCACAACGAAGAGUUUAUGGUGUGGGAUUACUUAUUAUCGACCGACUGACAGACAGACAGAACAAACCAGAGUGGAGGAAGUGAGGAAUGAGUCAGCACCAAGACACAAACCCUCAAAACCCCCUGUGGAGAACCAGACUAGAGACACCAAACACAGCACCCUCAGAGAGACUUAGACACCCUUGUUUCUUGUUUUCCUCCCUCUCCUCUUAAACCUUUUGUUUUUAUCUCUCCUGUGAGUUGGUGGGGAAGCAGCGACUACGUCAUCCAUUUAGGACAGACAGCAUAGAACGACGGAACCCAGCAGGCCUGAGCUAGGCCGACUUAAAGAACAUGAACACGAUCAGCACCUCUGUCACAGACCCAUCCUCUCUUCAACACCUUACAAGUCUAUUUUUUCAGAUAAGGCAGUCCUAUUCUGUUACCAAUAAAUCAUGUAUUCAUUCCCGGUCCCUUAUUCACUAUCAUGUACACUUAUACACGUGUUAGCAUCUGUUUCUUCUUUGCAUCUGUUUGUGUGAGUUAGCUUUCUGUUAAUAAUGUAACAAUGUGCGUGUUGAGCAUUCAUCCAGACCAACACUUGUGACAACGUGUAAUCAGAGGAAAUAAAAGACAAAGCGAUGCA